AUGCAUAUCACAGCAUAUUUUGUUUUUAUAUUGGUUCUUCUGACAAGCGUUGUUCAAUGUCCAGGUGGUGGUGGUGGAAGAGGAGGUGGUGGAGGAUUUAGCAAAGUAACUGGUCAAGGAGCAGAUCAUGCCGGUAACUUUACAAUUGUUGGUAGUUUUUCUUUGCAAAAUCUGCGACUAGCUCUAUCACAGAAGUAUGAAGCAGGGACAGGUGAUCCAAUAGAGAAUCUCGGUCACACGUCUGCAAUACAAUUAACUUGGAAUUCGACUAAAAAUCAGUUUGAAGGUACAUGAAAUAUAAGUCGAUCUGUUUUCCAAUUGAUUCAACUACAAUUUGGUCGAGAACCACGUUUACCUACUGAUGAACCUUCAUCAUCAUUUACUUUCAAUAAAUCAAAUGAUUAUUAUGUACAAUUGAAAAAAAAUCUGUUGAUAAUACAACAACCCGCACGUGAUAAUAUUAUUCAUCGACAACGACAAUACAAGAUUAAUUAUGACAAACAACGUCCAGAUCCACAUUAUGAAAUCAAUGAUCCAGUACUGAUUAAAAUUCAUGGAAUAAAAAAAAAACUAGAACCAACAUAUUCGAUUACACCAAAAAUAAUUAUUAGGAAACAACAUCCAAUUGAUUGGGUCAAAGAUGAAAAACCACAGGUCGAAUCCAGAGUACAUGUUAAUGAUAUUUGA